CAUCCAACCAAGUGGAAAUACAGAUGUGUGUUCUCUCGUAUUCUAACCCUAAACGCAUUCACUGCCAACGACUUCAAGCAGAAGAAAACGUGUGAAUAACAUUAAAAUGGUGGAUUUUCUAAAUCUCCAGGCUUUGAAGAAUAGUGGACUCUUACCAGCCUAAGUUGAUUUGAAGCGUUGAUUCCGUGCGAGAAGACAAUGUGCCGAGGAGCUCUCCAUCAGUAAACAACCGACGUUUUCAUGCAAUAUCUGUGUGUGUGAGGGGGAUGGGAUAUGAUGGAGGAAAAGAGCAGCAGUCCUCGCGUCGCCGACUACUUUGUGGUGGCCGGCCUCACCGCCUCCUCUAAGCCUCUGGAGGAGGAGGAUGAGGAGCGCAGCAUCAGUACCAGCAGCAAUGGCCUCACCGGCGGUGGGCCCGGCGCCCAGGCCAAGGCCCCCAUCACGGACGUGGCGGUGGUGAUCCGCUCCCAGGGCGAGGAGGUGCCCCGCGGCUACACCUGUGUGGAGACCACCCCCUCCGGGCUGCCCGCCGAGCUCAAUGGAGGUGCCCUCAUGGGGCCCCAGAUAUUCCUCUGCUACCGCCGGGGACGGGACAAGCCCCCACUCACUGACCUAGGGGUGCUCUACGAAUGGCGCGAGAAGCUGAAGCCGGGCUGCCACCUCAUCCAGACCACGCCCUCGGGUCGGCCGGCCAACAUCAGCAGCUCCUCCUCCCAGCGCAUCUACAUCACCUACCGCCGCGCCCACGAGAGCCACUCGCACGCCUCGCUGGCGGUCACCGACAUCUGCGUCAUCGUCCCGGGCAAAGGGGAGACGCCGCCGCACACCUACUGCAAAGUGGACAAGAAUCUCAACAGCAGCAUGUGGGGGUCGUCUGUGUACCUCUGCUACAAGAAGUCUCUGGCCAAAAGCAACACGUUGGCAUUCAAAGCAGGUCUGCUCUCCCGGUUCCCGGAGGAGGACUAUGAGUCGUUCCCGCUGCCCGAGUCGGUGCCCCUCUUCUGCCUGCCCAUGGGGGCCUCUAUCGAGUGCUGGCCGGCCCACACCAAGUACUCCCUGCCAGUCUUCUCCACCUUCGUACUCACCGGGGCCUCUGGGGAAAAGGUGUACGGGGCUGCCAUCCAGUUCUACGAGCCCUACCCAGAGGAACAGCUGACUGAGAGGCAGCGUACUCAGCUGGGCCUGCAGGGAGGAGGAGGUGGAGGAGUUGGAGGAGGAGGAGGGCUGAAGCCAGAGGUGGCCAUGACGGUCCACACCAACAAGAGCAUCUGCCUGCUCUCCCACUGGCCCUUCUUCGACGUCUUCCGCAGCUUCCUGACCUUCCUGUACCGAUACUCCAUCUCCGGCCCACACAUCCUGCCCAUAGAGAAGCACAUCUCCCACUUCAUGCACAAAGUGCCCUUCCCUUCCUCACAGAGGCCCCGCAUCUUGGUCCAGCUGUCCCCACAUGAUAGUCUGCUGCUGAGCCAGCCCGUGUCCUCUCCUCUACCCUUGAGCGGUGGUCGUCUCUCCACGCUGCUGUUGAACCUGGGUCCUAAAAACGCCGCCUCGCUGCUGGUGUUGGCCGUGACGGAGCACAAGAUCCUGCUGCACUCGCUACGUCCUGCGGUCCUCACCAGCGUGGCCGAGGCUCUGGUGUCGAUGAUCUUUCCGUUCCACUGGCCGUGCCCGUACAUCCCCCUGUGCCCGCUGGCCCUGGCCGACGUGCUGAGCGCCCCGUGCCCCUUCAUCGUGGGCGUGGACUCCCGCUACUUCGACCUGUACGAGCCGCCUGCCGACGUCAGCUGCGUGGACCUGGACACCAACACCAUCUCCCACAAAGAGGACCGACGCUCGCUGACCUGGAAGAUUCUGCCGAGGAAGGCCUGCAAACAUCUGAUCAACGCCCUGAGCAGCCUACACCAACAACUGGUGGAGGGUGAUCUGGUGAUGCGUGAGGACGGUCAGCUGGACCCCGCCCUGAGCGAUCGCGACCCAGGCGGGGGCUCCGGAGGCGGGGGCAAGAGCCUGCACACGCUGGAGCUGGAGAUCCAGGAGGCCUUCCUGCGCUUCAUGGCGGCCAUCUUGAAAGGCUACCGCUCCUACCUGCUGCCCAUCACCCAGGCGCCCUCGGAGAAGGCCACCGACGCCAGCUCCCUCUUCGACCUGCAGGGGUUUCUGAAGAGCCGUGACCGCUCGCACCAGAAGUUCUAUUCGCUCAUGACCAGGACCCAGAUGUUCAUCCGCUUCAUCGAGGAGUGCUCUUUUGUCAGCGACAAGGAUGCCAGUCUGGCCUUCUUCGACGACUGUGUUGACAAGGUGGACAGUGACAAGCUGGAAGAUGCUCGGCUGAUAGAGCUGGAUAAGUCCCACCGCAGUGAGCACACCGUCUUCGUGACCCCGCCCGAGCUGCCCCCCGCACUAGAGGGAGAGGAGCCCAACGCACACUACAGUUACGCCGGCUUCCCCGUGCUGAGCAGCGAGCUGUGCCAGUCCCAGGAGGGCCAGAACAUUGCCAUGGCAACAUCAGCCACCCGCCAUGCCAGCCCCACUAGCCCCGCUGCCAUGUUCAGACGAUCAAAACAGGAGAUCAAGCUGGCUCAGAAGAUGGCGAAGACCUACUCCUCCAUGCCCCAGAUGUGGUCCAAGUGUCUGCUGCGCCACGUGCACGGCCUGUGGUUCAUCUGCCUGCCCGCCUACCUGGGCGCCUGCCACUCCAAGGUGCGCGCCCUGCGCACCGCCUACGACCUACUAAGGACCAUGCAGGACAAGAAGCUGCAGCCGCCCGACGAGGUGUGUUACCGUGUGCUGAUGCAGCUGUGUGGUCAGUAUGGGCAGCCGGUGCUGGCGGUGAGAGUCCUGUUCGAGAUGAAGAAGGCUGGAGUGCAGCCCAACGCCAUCACGUACGGCUACUACAACAGGGCGGUGCUGGAGAGCACGUGGCCGUCGGCCACCAGGGGGGGCUACUUCCUGUGGGGGAAGCUGCGGAACGUGCUGCGCGGCGUGGUGCAGUUCAAGCAGGUGUGGCGAAGGCAGGCCGCAGCCUCCCGGGAGACACACCUCUCAGACGCCAGUGAUCUGGACAGCCUGAGCCAUGGCAGCGUGGAUAGUGCUAACGACUCGGCCGAGCGAACCUCCCUCGACACCGACUUCACCAAGAUGGACUCCAGCGACGACAGAUCAAGCACAGGAGGCCAGUCCGACCAGGGCUACGACUCCCUCUCCAAGGAGGAGGUGCGCCUGGACAGGAGAGGAGGAGGUGAAGAGCAGGUCAGCGGCAGCCCUCCUCGUGACACGCUGAAAGAGGAGAAGGAGGAAGGGGGGGAUGAAGAAGAAGAAAAAGAGGGAAGAAAGAAAAGCAGGACGAAGGGGAGCGACGCCCCUGCCCCUGGGGAACACGGUGUAAGUCCCAGAGAAACAGGCUCCAUCCCUGAGUGCAGCACUUUGACCGGCUUCAGCUCCGGGCAUCCGUCCACGUCAGCACAGCCGCCCACGACCGACGCGGACGCGGAGUCUGGAGUCACCGGAACCGGAACGGGAACCGGAACAGCCGUGACAGGAGCGCAGCCCAAGAGGCCCAGGCCCAACUCCCUGGACAUAUUUGGGGAACAUCCGGCUCCUCGUGCCCACCACUCUCCACGUGUCAGCCCUCUCACCACCACCGCCUCCAACUCCUCAUCAGCUGAGGAGAAGCAGAGGAAGAGUGGCGAGAAAGAGGAACUGGAGAAGGAGGAGCAGGAGGAGGAGUAUGGUGGGAGUGGAGGAGGAGUAGUGGAGGGGUCUAGAACCAAAGCUAACGUGGAGAGGAGUGUGAGCUGCGGAGGGGUUUCCUUGGUGCAGAGCGCAGGCGUGGAGAGGAGCGCCAGUGUCGGAGCCGGACUGAGCGGCAUGGUCAAGCGCAGCGGCAUCCAGGCUGGCUUUGACCCGCUCUCCUUAUUCGCCGCCGAGACGGAAACCUCCACGCCCCCGCAGACCCCAGGAGAAGGGGACAGGGAAGGGGACGUUGGGACGGCGACUGUGACUGCGACUGCGGCAGCCGCGCCACCCGGUACCCCCACCGCGUCCCGCCACCUGGCCGAGGAGAUCCGCCUCCACAUGGACAACCUGAGCAGCCCCAGCAGCAGCCGCCCGCACUGCUUGGACCAGCGGGGCCACCGUACUCCCGUCUCCUCCCCUCUCGGCUCUCCCAGACAAUCGUCCACCACCCUCGCGGCCAAGCAGCAGCAGCAGCAGCAGCAGCAGAGCACCCCGGUCAGAAACCCGACGUCGCCGCCCGACACCCCGCAGGCGCCAACCACCCCGCAGUCCCCGCUCCAGUCCCAGCCCCAGCCCCAGCUCCGCACCCGGCUCUUCUCCUCCCCGUCCCUGCCCCAGGGAGCCCCCACCAUGCGCAGGCAGAGGGCCGGCGAGCGCAGGGAGCGGCCCACCUCCCUGGUGUCGCCCUCCUCCCCGUCGCCCACCCCCAGCUCCUUCUCCAUGGACUCGCUGUUCGCCUCGCCCACGCUGCACGUCUUCAGGAGCGGCUUCCUGUCAGCGGGGAAGGGGGUGGCGGAGAAGGCCAGUCGGCUCUACUCGCGCCUCUCCUCGCAGACCUCCUUACAGCUGGAUGCCAACUCCGACCGGGUCAGCAUCUCCUCCAUGGGCUCAGGUGACCCUGAGUGCCUGUCGCUGUUCGACGGGGAGAUUGACCCCAACGGCUUCACGUCGCCCAAGAGAGAUGGUGCUCCUCUCCUGUCCCGGCCCAGAAGGAGCCCGCGCCGAGCCAGCCAGAGCCAGGACAGCCCCACAGCGCCCCCUAGGCUCUUCCGACAGUCAUCACUCUAUGGCUCCUCUGCUGCCCUCUCCAAACCGCCCCACACUCCGGACUCCUCCCCGGACAACAACUCCCGCUCCGCCGCCCAGCAGACCUACGCCGUCCAGGUGCUGAUGUCGAGCUGCUCGCGCUGCAACACGUGUGAGUGUCUGGUGUACGAUGAGGAGAUCAUGGCCGGCUGGACGGCGGACGACUCCAACCUCAACAGCACAUGCCCCUUCUGUGGAAACCCCUUCCUGCCCCUGCUGGACGUCCAGAUCAGAGACCUCCGCACACACAACAGGUGUCUGCCUGAGGAGGCUGCAUCCUCCUCCAGUAACCUGAGCCCUGAGAGCUCGGAGCAGACUGCCACCCCCACUACCGCCCCCUCAACGCCCACCUCAGACCAAACCACUGACCCCGACCCCACCGCUCAGAGGGACACGACAGCGCCCCCCAAAGACCAAACAGGAGACCCCACUCCCUCAUCGGCCCCGUCUUCAGACCAAACCAGUGGCCCCUGUCCAUCAGCACACAAGGAGUCACAGGCUGCCACCCCCACGGACCAAACCUUGGCUGACCCUCCCGCCUGCUUAACCAAACCUUCGGAGCCGGUGCGCGUGCCCUACCUGAGUCCUCUGGUGCUGUGGAAGGAGCUGGAGUCCCUGCUGGAGAACGAGGGGGAGGCGGCCCUCAGCUCUGCCAGCGUGGUGGACCACCACCCCAUCGUCUACUGGAACCUCGUCUGGUUCUUCCGGCGCCUCGACCUGCCCAGCUGCCUGCCCGCGCUCCUGCUCAGCUCACACCACUGUCGACAAGACGGUGACAAGGACGAUGAACAGGGUUCCCCAAGUGGCUCCUCAGAGGACAGCAAGAGUGUGCUGGUGCAGGUGCAGGUGCUGUGGGACAACCCCAAACUCCACCAGGACCCCAUACAGCCCUGCUACAGGCUCUGGAGCAAACACUGUGCCAGUAUGGGAGCCAGCGUGAGCGUGUGUAGUUCAUCCGCCCUGCUGGAGGAGGAGGACCAGAGCCCAGAGCAGCAUCAGCAGCAUCAGCAGCCAGUGAGCCUGGAGGUGCUGCAGGGGGUGGUGAAGAGCAUCAAGAGGAACGACGUCUACCAGCCCAUGAGCCAGGUGCUGCAGCUGCUGGGAGACCGCUUGGGCUUCACCAGACAGAGGAGUCUGUACAGAGACCUGCUUUUCCUUUCCCUGGUGGCCUUGGGCAAGAACAGUGUUAAUAUCGAUGCCUUCGACCGCGAGUAUAAGAUGGCGUACGACCGCCUGACCCCGGGUCAGGUGAAGCUGACACACAACUGUGACCGUCCGCCCAGCGCUGGAGUCAUGGAAUGCCGACGCACUUUCGGCCUCCCCAGCCUGUAGCGACGACAUUUAUUCACCCUUUCCCUCCACACACGCACGCACAUACGCAUGCACGCGCACACACACACACGCACACGUACAUACACGCACACACACACAUUCCAGCACCUUUGUUAUUUCACCCCAAACUCCUGACCCAGCCCCCUUUCCUCUCCUUGACAGAAGGCUGGAUGCUUGACCGACGUUGGAUAUACAAUGAGUCAAGCCUCAAACUUUCCCUCAACCGCAGACCCUUACUCUCAUACAAAUACACAUGUACAUCUACACACAUACAUUCAAAUACAUGAACUAUUCCCUUCCUUCUUUUUCGAGGAAGCACCAUGUAACCAAAGCCACCUCCAUGUUGUUCUUACUUGACUAGUAGCCAGGUUCACUCUGUUUGGGGGGAUCGAAUUUGUUCCUCCUUUAGAGACUUGUCCCCUUUUCCCCUGAUGUUUGCUCUGGUCUACUGUGUCUCUGGUCUAGUCUGUCUCUCUGUCCUGUCUGCUUUCUUCGGAGGAACUCCUGUGUGCGUGCGUAUUGUGUUAAUCUCUUAUCUGUCUAAAUCACUUGUCACCACUUGCCCAAAAAGGUACGGUAUAGUUCCUUACACUAGAAGCGGACAAACUGGCUUGAGAACGUAACAGUGCUGUAAAUGAAAAGAGUUGGGAGUCCUGUCAUAUAUUCAUUCUGCCUCUUCUCCCUAUCCACCUUAUUCCGCCGUGCCCAUUUCAACAGCUGGCAUAAAAUUUGUGUCCCGCUAGUUCCAGUUAAUCGUCGCCAUUGAUGUCUGUGGGGGGUGGUUGUCCUCAGACAAAAUGUGAAAGUAGAGUUCUUAAAAGUGUGAUCUGAUGAUUGGCAAUAUGAUCAUUCAAAUUUAGAUGCUACACUGUAGAGAUUCUGGGCCCCUUUGACCUUUGAGCCCCAUGGGCCUUGGCUGAUCCAUCCUUGCAUGCACCUAGCUGAACAGGUGUGCUAACUGUGAUCGGCUGGUUGACUGACUCUAACAAAUACAUAUGACAGGACUUUUACUUUCUCAAACCCCAAGAUGUCCGCCUCUAUUCUUCACACUACCCCACUAUUAAAAAAACACACUAGAAACCACUCAGGAAAACAAAAAAAUGUUUUUUCUCACAGUUCACAUAGUUUAGGAGCAAUAUUUAAACUGCUCAGGUCAUGCCCCUUGUCCCAGCCUUGGACCUUAAGACAGUCGACAUGGGCUGGGCGAGGAGAUUUUGGGACCACUAGAAAAUGUUCACACCCAGUCUUUAAGUCACUUGGAUGUCACAGGUUGAAAAAGAAGCACUUAGCGUAUAAGCACAAAGACUAUCACCUUGGCAGCAGCUAGUUCAUUAGCUAGCUACCUAGCUAGGCUGCUCUCGCAUUCCUCUCACGUUGUCACGUUAGUGAUCAAAUGCUAGUCCUGUUGUACUCUCUUAGCACAUAGCGCAGAACAACUGGUGUUUUCACAGAUAUUUCAGGGCCACUUGGUGGUACUACAGGGGCACUUGUAUUAAAAAAAGAAGAAAAAUCACAUACAAAUAUGUAAUUCUGUACAUAAUCUAUUAUUAUUAUUGUUAUUAUAUUGCUGACAAUAUUUGUAUCAUACAAGUAUAUUUUAAAGAUGGUUGUUUACUAUAAUCGAAUUUAUGUUCAUUUGUACAAAACAUAAACAACAACUUGUUGAUAACAUGGGCUAUAUGUAGUGAGAGUGCAGUCUGUCCAUAUGAAUUGUGAAUGGUCCUGGUGACCGACCAUAUGUGUGUGACUGUGACAUGUGGCGUGGGUGCUGUUAAACAUGAGCGUGUUACAAGUGCUGGAAAACAGAACUGGACCAAAAAAAGGACACCUGUGGUUGGAGGCAGGGUUGUACAAAAUGGCCUCUCACACAGGGAGACAAAUAAGGGUUUACUACUAAACAUAGACUCACGCUGCACAGACAGAUAAAAAAAAAGCUGGAAACAAAAGGAAGAUUGAAAGUGGAGUCACUAGAAACACAUCUGCUCCCAUCUCAAACAUGAAAGUAUAGACUGUUGGAUGAUUAUUUCAAGCAUACAUUUGAGACUUUACUUUCUAAGCAUGGCGCACAUUUGAAAUGCAAUACAGCCAUGAUUUAACCUGGUGUACCAUGGCUACCACAGCUAGAGCGAUGAGCCGAUUGGCACUUGGAAACCCUGCAGUAUAUUCCAUUACAAACACUCACACAUACACGUUAUAUACCAACUGGUCCGGACCAUGACCUGGCCCUGUUCAGCCCUGAAUUGGCACUGAUACGGCCUGAAAUUGGUCUUAGUAUGCCUCUUAUGGGUGAAAUCUAAUGGAACUGUUCUUGGCUAGGAUUGGCCAUAUGUUUUAUUCUGAGCAUAACAACCCUACAUUGGCUCCAAAAAGACGAAUGUUAAGUAUCUAACUUGCAGUUUGCACACUACUUGCUGCUAGGACCCUUGAGUAUUGAGCUACCCUAGCCAUUAGGUCAGUGUUAAACCAAGACCAAUUGGAUUUUUAUUAUCAUUUUAGUCACGCGUUCCUUCACUGAGCUGACUGGCCACUGUGGCCCAAUGGCUAUGACGUGAAGGAUACCAUGUCACGGUACGUGAAGCAUUUGCACUGAAACACACACAAACACGCAAAAACACACACAAACACAGAUGUACUGCCAGGAUUUUCUAAAAGGGGUAAUGUCUCACUCCAAAGAGUUGUUUAUUGAUUGACUGAAUACACAAUCAGUAUGAAAAUGAAAGAAAGAAAGCAAAGAAAAUGGAACAAAUGUCGCUUGAGACUGCCUUAGGCUAUUGUAUUGAAGUGUUGUUGACUGUUUAGCUGACCCCUGCCACGGAAGGUACUAGUGGGCCUACACGUUUACAGUGGCUAAGAUUGACCGCCAAACUUUUCUUACAACAAACUCUAAAAUGUAAUGGAAAAAAAACUCUUGACUAUUCUGUUUCCAGUAUAUGGUAUGUAUCAUGUAUCUACUGACGUGUUUUUUUGUAAACUGCACUGUGUUGGGAUAUUGUCUUUCACACCCAAACACAUAUCCUAUAUGUUUUUUUUUCUUAUUAUGAUUUAUGUUUGUAUGCUCCAUCAUGAAUUGGAAUCUGGACUGGAUCUUCAGAAAAAUGUUUAUAACUGUAAAUAAAACACUACUGACAUGA